CCAACAUGCAUCGGAUCCUAAGGAAAAUAAGAAUCGCAACGUUUCCUUCAACUGUUCUAAUAGCAACAGCAGUAUUUCAAUCCGAAAGUCCAAAGGUCUCUGCCAAGGCUAUCACUAUGGAACAAGCUGAGGCGAAACCUUCCAAAGAAAUCGAGCCUAACAAUGCCCUUGUCGCUAAGCAACCACCAUCUGAAGUUGUCAUGGUAACCGGAGGAUGUGGAUUUCUGGGGCAGCAUAUCGUAAAAUUAUUACAUGAAAGGGGAGAUGGGGUGAAAGAGAUACGGGUAUUUGAUAAGAAGCCGUACAUAAAGGAAUUAGACUAUGCCGAAGAGAAGCCAAUGGUCACGAUAGUGGGUGACGUCACAGACGCUAGACAGGUUGAGGAAGCAUUGAAGGGCGUUGAUGCCGUCAUACACACAGCGGGACUCAUUAGUUACGGCACAUUCCCUGACGAGGAAGGGAUGGAACAAAUUAACGUCAAAGGUACAGAGAAUAUCAUAAAUGGCUGCAUCAAGAAGAAAGUCGAGAGGCUUAUAUACACGAGUACAGUUGAUGUCGUUAUAGGAUAUGAAGACAUAAUUAACGGAGAAGAGUCCACAACAGCCAUCCCCAGGAGGUUCUUGUUCCCUGGCUACCCGGCAUCUAAGUACAAAGCGGAGUGCAAUGUCUUAUCCGCCCAUAUGAACAAAUUACAUGACUCCGAUAAGCGCCUGCUAAGCCUUUCCCUGCGACCAAAUGUAAUGUACGGCGAAAUGGAUCCAUAUUACGUCACUACAUCCAUAAAAGGAGCUAAAGAAAAUGGCGGUACACUCCCAAGAGUCGGGAAUGGAAGAGCAAAGUUCCAACAAGCCUAUGUUGGAAAUGUUGCAUGGGCGCAUAUUUGUGCAAACGAGGCUUUGAAAUCAGCACCCUCUAUAGGUGGGAAACCGUACUUCAUAACUGACGAUACUCCCAUCCAGAAUACUUUCACAUUCAUGGAGCCAUUUUUGAAACUCCAUGGCUAUAGUGUAUCUAGGUACUAUCUGCCUUACUGGGUGGUUUAUGCUGGUUUCUAUACCCUUGAGUCGAUUCUCUGGGCGAUUCAGCCAGUAAAGAAAAUCCACCUAGAUUCAUGUCUAUGUAGUAUCAUUUAUAUCAACCAUGACAUCUAUUUCAAUGGAGGCCAGGCUAGGAACAAGCUGGGUUAUAAACCGGUGUUCAAUCCCCAAGAGGCAAUUGAAAAAUCAGCUAAAUAUUACGCUGAAAUAAAAGUUUGACAUCCCAGUCUCCUUAUAUUUACUUUGA